GAUGCCGUUUGUGGUGGGCACCCACCAGUCCAGCCAAAACCAAAAAAAAUACCCAAAAGGCAAAAGCCAAAACAAUCACUCGCAGAAACUACACACAUUUCCCCUUCCAGCCCGCAAUCUCAACCUUCACUGCAUUUCCAAUCUCCAAAACUUCUCCACAGAAUCAUUUCUUAAAUCACAUCCACAACCUUCUUUCUUGUUAUCCUUCGUAUGUUCCGUUUCCUCAGGCUCUAGCUUCAAAUUCUGUUCAUUCUGAGCAUAGGAAGAAGGUUGGUGAGAUGGGGUAUUUUUCUUGCAGUGCGGAAUCUGCUAUUUCUACCUCCAGUUCUCAGUUGCCUCAGAAACCCAUCAACAGAAUCCAGCAGUUUCAGUAUAGUGAUCUUGAGGCUGCCACCAAUGGGUUUUCUGAGCAGAAGCUACUGGGGAAAGGCAGCCACGGCUGCGUCUACAAGGCCGUCCUCCGGGGCCGCCUCGUCGCCGUGAAGAAGCCCUCCCGCGGCAGUGGGGCUGGAGUCUCGCCUCGGGUGGCUACGUCUUCCUCGUCAACCAACGAGGUUGAGAACGAAAUCGAGAUUCUGUCGAAAAUUCAGAGCCCAAGGCUGGUGAAUUUGGUGGGUUUUACGAAUGAUUCCAAGCAGCGGCUUCUGGUGGUUGAAUUCAUGAGCAAUGGUACGCUCUAUGAUGUUCUUCAUUCCAAUUCUCGGACCCCCAAUUGGGGUCGGAGGAUUCGAUUAGCACUGCAGACUGCUAAGGCCAUAGACACCCUUCAUUCAUCAGUUCCGCCGGUGAUUCAUAGGGAUAUCAAGUCUGCAAACGUGUUGAUUGACAGGAAUUUCAAUGCCCGGUUGGGUGAUUUCGGGCUGGCGCUGCGGUGCCAUGUUGAUGAUUAUCGGCUGAGAUCAACCCCACCUGCAGGCACAAUGGGGUAUCUUGAUCCAUGCUAUGUGACCCCAGAUAAUUUGAGUACUAAAACUGAUGUUUUCAGUUUUGGGAUACUGCUGUUGGAGAUUAUUAGUGGUAGGAAGGCCAUAGAUGUGGGGCAUUCGCCGCCUUCCAUUGUGGAUUGGGCUAUUCCAUUGAUAAGGAAAGGGAAGCUUCUUGCUAUAUAUGAUCCGACGAUUGCACCUCCGAAGGAACCUUUUGUGAGGAAGCAGUUGGCGGUGAUUGCAGCGAAGUGUGUGAGGUCUUGUAGGGAGAGGAGGCCGUCGAUGAAAGAGGUUGUUGAAUGGCUUGGUGGGUUGAGUAAGCUGGUUCCUCUGCAUACAUGGAAUGGUUUUAAUAAUCCAUGUUUGAUGGUGGAGACAAUGGGGUGCCCUGUUGAAGCAUCAAAGAUGGAUGGUGUUGAAGGAGGGAAUAUGGAUGGUAUGGAUGCUAAAUUUGGUAGGACGCCAUUGAGGAAUUCGCGGAGAGUGUACUCUGAUUUGGGGUUCAGGAACAAUUUGAUGGAUCUGAUGGCUGGAACUGAUGGUGAGUCUGAAUUUCGAGGGGAGGCUGAGGGGUUUGGACCUAUGUCAAAGUCAGUGAAUUGGGGUUCUAGUUUUAGAUUUGAUAGGGGGAGUAGUCAGUCUCGGACUCGUGGUAAUGAUAAGGGUGGUCUCUUUCGCUUAAGGCGAAACCUUUCUGCAGGAGAGGGUUCAGAAAUAUUCUCAAGGAGAGAUCAAUCAAGUUUUAGUGCUAGUAAAGCCAGCCAUAUCUGACCAUGAAACAAGCUCAACCUUGUAAGCCACUCUUGCUUGGAAAUCACAUUGAAGUAGAUUAAUUGUAGUUCAUUCAUUUGUGGAUUUCAAUCAGUUGACCUUUUCAGUGUUCAUUAAAAAGUUAUGUAUUGAUGAUAUAUGUAGAGCUAGGGCACAUUGCUGAUGUCCCCCUUGUAGUUGUUGAUCCUUUUUCUUUGUUCAUCUUCAUUAUGCAAAGCUGAUGUAUGAUAAAUUCGAUGUUUAAUACAUACAUUUAGCUGAUUCAAAAGUCAUCAA